AUGUCUACUGAUCUUUGCCCGGUAUAUGCGCCCUUCUUCGGUGCGCUAGGAUGCUCUUCCGCCAUCAUUUUCACCUGCUUCGGCGCUGCCUAUGGCACCGCUAAGGCUGGUGUUGGCAUUUGCUCCACUCUCGUCCUCAGACCUGAUAUGAUUGUUAAGAAUAUUGUUCCCAUUGUCAUGGCUGGUAUUAUUGGUAUUUACGGAUUGGUCGUGUCUGUCUUGAUUGCCAACGACUUGAAGCAAAACCUGCCACUAUACACUGGAUUCGUCCAGCUUGGUGCUGGUCUUGCUGUCGGUCUUGCUGGUCUUGCUGCUGGCUUCGCCAUUGGUAUCGUUGGUGAUGCUGGUGUCCGCGGAACUGCCCAACAGCCCCGACUUUUCGUCGGUAUGAUCCUUAUUCUCAUUUUCGCCGAAGUUUUGGGUCUUUACGGCCUUAUCGUCGCUCUAUUGAUGAACUCCCGUGCCAGUCUCGAAGCUACCUGCUAA